CCACAAGAAAAUGUUUGUAAGGUGGAGGAGGACGGGGUUUUCAGUGACCAGCACCUGGAUAACCUGGAGAGGAGCUGCAGCCCGGACCAGGAGGAACCAGGGCAUCCACAGACUACAGAACUGGAGGAAGACUCCAGCGGUCAGGAGAUGAAGCACGAGGACGUAGAGGUGGAUGUCUCAUUGGUCAAUGUCGCUGAUGUGAAUGUUGAAAAUGGUGAACCAGGACCAAACUGUGGCCAGCUGCUGUUGCACACUUCUCCUGAAGCUCAAAACAAAGAUGAGGAAGGGACUGAAAGUUUACGCUCAGACUCCAGUAAAACUGCAGAUCGGGAGCCAAUGAGACGACACGUUGACCACGAAGAUGCUGCUGUCCCGUCAGACAGCAACUGUAAACCAAAGCUGACAAGGACCCACACGGGGAAGAAGGUAUUUUCUUGCAGCACUUGCAGGAAAGAGUUCAGUAAAAGUUGUAUUUUAAUAGCUCACAUGAAGAUCCACACUGGCGAAAGGCCGUACCUGUGCAACACCUGCGGCAAAUCGUUUAGAAAAUCAUCACAUCUUAAAAGCCACAUAACCACGCACACAGGCGAGAAGCCCUACAUCUGCAAAACAUGUGGAAAAAGUUACAGGCAAAAUUCCGACCUGGUGAUUCACUCGAGGAUCCACACGAGCGAGAAGCCCUACAUCUGUAAAACAUGUGGAAAAAGUUACACACAACGUUCUAACCUGGUGAUUCACUCGAGGACCCACACCGGCGAAAGGCCGUACCUGUGCAACACCUGCAACAAAACCUUUACUAGAUUAUCAGAUCUUAAAAGCCACAUAUACACGCACACGGGCGAGAGGCCCUACAUCUGCAAAACAUGUGGAAAGAGUUACACGCGAAGUUCCCACCUGGUGAUUCACUCGAGGACCCACACCGGCGAAAGGCCGUACCUGUGCAACACCUGCGGAAAAACCUUUAUUCAAUUGUCAAAUCUUAAAAGCCACAUAACCAUGCACACGGGCGAGAAAACAAUAUUAGUGCAAGACGUGCAACAAAGGUUUUGGCCGCAGAAUGGAUUUCCUGAGUCACAUGAAAAAUCACCCGGAGGAGAAGUCGUGGAGGAGGACGGGGUUUUCAGUGACCAGCACCUGGAUAACCUGGAGAGGAGCUGCAGCCCGGACCAGGAGGAACCAGGGCAUCCACAGACUACAGAACUGGAGGAAGACUCCAGCGGUCAGGAGAUGAAGCACGAGGACGUAGAGGUGGAUGUUUCAUUGGUCAAUGUCGCUGAUGUGAAAGUUGAAAAUGGUGAACCAGGACCAAACUGUGGCCAGCUGCUGUUGCACACUUCUCCUGAAGCUCAAAACAAAGAUGAGGAAGGGACUGAAAAUUUACGCUCAGACUCCAGUAAAACUGCAGAUCCGGAGCCAAUGAGACGAAAUGGUGACCACAAAGAUGCUGCUUUCCCGUCAGACAGCAACGGGUUCAUUGAAAGUAAUAUUUUAAUGGAUCACAUGAAGAUCCACACCGGCGAAAGGCCGUACCUGUGCAACACCUGCAACAAAACCUUUACUAGAUCAUCAGAUCUUAAACGCCACAUAAUCACGCACACGGGCGAGAAGCCCUACAUCUGCAAAACAUGUGGAAAAAGUUACAAGCUACGUUUCCACCUGGUGGAUCACUCGAGGACCCACACCGGUGAAAAGCCGUACCUGUGCAACACCUGUGGAAAAACCUUUACUCAAUCAUCAAAUCUUAAAAGCCACAUAACCAUGCACACGGGCGAGAAGCCCUACAUCUGCAAAACAUGUGGAAAAAGUUACAGGCUACGUUCCACCCUGGUGGUUCACUCGAGGACACACACUGGCGAAAAGCCGUACCUGUGCAACACCUGCGGAAAAACCUUUACUGAAUCAUCAACUCUUAAACGGCACAUAACCACGCACAUGGGCGAGAAGCUAUAUUUGUGCAAGACGUGCAACAAAGAUUUUAGCCGCAAAAUUGAUUUGCUGAGUCACAUGAAAAAUCACCCGGAGGAGAAGUCUGGUGACUCGUGACAAAUGAAGCUCAUGUUGUCGUCCUCCGGGGGCAGCUGUCCACUCCUGUCUGACCCACAGAAGAAGAACCCGCAGAAGUCCAACCACCACCUCCUGUGGCUGAUGAGCCUAAUCCCCUCCCCACAAGGGUUGCAGGUUCAACCCGGAUUUAUGCUUCUCCGUCAACUUGACGCAGAGGGAACGAUGUGGUCGUGUACUUUUUUUUUAAAGUUCUGCAUUGAGUUUGUUUG